AUAGAAAUAACCGCAACAUUUCAUCGGCGGAAACCCAGUAUCGUUCUACAACACAGAUUGGGGAAAAAAUUAGGGCUUGGAGAACGGAAAAUUGACCCUUAAAAUGGACGACAUGGCAGCUUACUACCCACCACCGGCGGGUGUUCACACCACCCAGUUCUCGUACUACCAAAAUCCACCUCCUCCUCCCGGAGCGACACAACCUCCACCCGCCGCCGUAUCUCAGUUACACCAUCAGUACCACCAGCCCCCUUUCACUUCUUACGCACCACCGUUAUAUACGCCGUCGUUUCAAGACGAGGUUCGAACGCUAUUCAUUGCUGGACUUCCCGAGGACGUCAAGCCUCGUGAAAUUUACAAUCUUUUUCGUGAAUUCCCGGGAUAUGAAUCUUGUCACCUUCGUAGCCCCAGUGCAACACAAACUCAGCCAUUUGGGUUUGCUGUUUUCAUGGAUCAGCCUUCUGCACUUGCAGCAUUACACACUUUAAAUGGAAUGGUGUUUGAUCUUGAAAAGGGUUCAACUUUACACAUUGAUCUUGCAAAGUCAAACUCAAGGUCAAAGCGCUCAAGAGAUGAUGAUAGACAUGGAUCCGACAAAAGGGCAAAAGGGUCUUCUUCAUUUUCAAGGGGCUUUUCAGAUCCUGCAGGUGUUGGCAGCAUUCACAUGCCUGGAUUGAGUAAUUCUGCUUACAACACGAUUGGUUAUCCAUCUGCACAAAGCCAUGGAAGCUUUGAAGCUAGAACUGAAAACACUUCAAGAUUGAGAAACUCAUCAGCUCCUCCAUGUCCAACAAUAUUUGUGGCUAAUCUUGGACAAGGUUGCACAGAACAAGAGUUAAAUCAAGUAUUUUCAAGAUGCCGAGGUUUUUUGAAAUUAAAGAUGCAAAGUACAUAUGGGACGCCUGUGGCAUUUGUUGACUUUGAUGAUACUGCUUGUUCAAGUGAAGCACUAAAUCAUUUACAAGGCACUGUUUUAUACUCAUCGGUAUCUGGUGAAGGAAUGCGGUUAGAGUAUGCGAAAUCAAGGAUGGGAAUGCGAAGUAAGAAGUCGAGAUAAAGUGUAAAGUGUAUUUAUAUUGUGACAUUAAGCUUAUUAUGGGAUCAAGUUGGAUUAUAUUUUGUAUUACGGGGAUGAUUUCGUACUUAAAUGAUCUCCAUUUUAUUUUUUCAUAUAUAUUUUUAAAUUUUAUAUAGUGAAUGUAGUCUAGUCUUUGUAUUGUUAUCAUUUUAUUCAUUUUUAAUUUUGCAUUUGGUAUUAACUAGUAAUUGAGC